AUGACGACCAUUUCCUCCGUCUGCUCUCACACUCUCGUCGAGCCUCCAAGCUGUAUCGCAUUCUGUCCCUCCCGACCUGAGUAUUUUGUGGUGGGCACCUACUAUCUACAUCGAAAGCCACCAGGGGCUCCAAGCGAAAAUGAGUUCGCCAAGAAUGAAGACACUCGGCACAGCGAUGAGAAUCCGAUCGGUAGCGGACCGCAAAAACGAGAUGGUCGAUUAAUUUUGUGCCGUCUUUCUGAGUCUGAUGAAGUCGAGUGCAUGCACCCAUCCGAGAUCCACACAGAGUCUGCCGUCCUCGACUUCCAAUGGGCACCACCCUCAGCCGAGCUUCCCGGAGUUCUCGCAGUCGCCCAAUCCACAGGCAUUAUCGCCUUCUACAAACUAGUUUUCUGGUCCAAAGAAGACCCGGAUGCCUCCCACCAUGCUGGAAAGCCAAGUGCAUACUUUCGACUCCUGAGUACACAUCAGGUUUGCGAACCAUCCAUCCUCAUCCUCUCUUUGACUUGGUCCGAUGUACUUCCGCAUAUUCUCGGUAUGACCUUAUCCGAUGGCCGAGUCUCGAUAGCGCGGAUUACAGUUCAACCUGAAGCAGAACACGCCGAGCAAGAGAGCACAGCACAGUCCUUACCAAUUCUAAAACUCGGUACACCACUCUCAACACAACAACAUGGCCUCGAAGCGUGGUGUAUGGCCUUCGCGCUCGAGGAGAACGCCUCAAACCCUCCCUCGUCUGCCUCCGCGGAAAAGUCAAUAUCAAUCCUCUCCGGCGGCGACGACAUGUACCUCCGCAGCACCCGCAUCGCCAUUCCAACCUCAUCAUCAUCAUCAUCAUCAUCAUCAUCAUCAUCAUCAUCAUCAUCAUCAUCAUCAUCAUCAUCAUCAGAACCAUCGGACGACCCACCGAGCUCCACGCUCGUCUUCCAGGACCGCCGCAUACAUACCGCUGGCGUCACCGCUCUGCUUCCGCUCACGCCCAAUCUUCUGAUCACAGGGAGCUACGAUGAUCAUAUUCGACUCGUGCAUAUCCCUUCCGCGAAAACGAACGCGGGUGGAGAAUUCGAGCGAGCGGGACCAGCGAGGCCACAGGUUCUGGCCGAGUUGGAUUUAGGUGGAGGGGUCUGGAGGAUCAAAACCUUGGAAGAAACCGGGGAUGAUCAUGUUGCGGACUCUGGAAAGGAAGGGCCAAGCAAAAUGUCGGGGAGGAACGGUGUUCUGCUGCUAGUGAGCUGCAUGUAUGCUGGAGCGAGGAUUGUACGGCUUGUUCGCUCGACGACUGGCGGCUCAGCCGACGAGGACGAGUGGGCGUUUCAAGUUGAGGCACAAUUCACGGAGCAUAAGAGUAUGAAUUAUGGUAGUGACGUGCGACCACAGGGCCUCGACCAAGUAGCAGAGGGAAAGGCCACGAUGAAACCAGAAGUAGCUGGUAAGUCGGACUCGAAUGGUUCGACGAGGCUGCGGAGGACGAUCGUGAGCUCCAGCUUUUACGACAAAUUACUGUGUUCGUGGUAUUGGGAAGAAUGA